UGACAGUCGAAACAUCCACCCAUCCAUUUUCUACCCCCUGUCCCUUUCGAGGUCGCGGGGGGUGCUGGAGCCUAUCCAAUAUCAGGUAAAAAUUCCAUUUAAUAUACCGAAAAUAUUGUCUUACUACAAGAACAUUUAAAAAGAAAACAAAUAUAUCCUCUUUUUCUAUUUUUUUUAAAGAAAUUGACUUUCAUUUAAACAUAAUAGAUUUGUUGAAAUAUAUAUUAUUGACAUGAAUCCUGUUGAUUAUAAAAGUUUGAUAAAUGGCAUUUCAGUCCAGCUUCUUCAGCUUUUAAAGUCUUCUCUAUGGGAUGAACAGAUGGAGUAAGUUUCUCCAAGCUUAAUGAUUGCUAAAAGAAACGUAUUAGGUAGUAAAUAAUGACACAUAAGGAACACAAUUAAUUCUGAAAGUCUACCAAAAAGUGUUGCGUCCUGGAGAAACUGUGACGGCCGGGUCGCAUGGUGAUGCGGGGUUUCCUUCUCUCAGGAUGCAACGGACUUCGGACACAGCGUGCAGGUAGGAAAAUUAUUUAUUUAAGGAAUAAAUCAGAUGGGAACAAAAGAAAAGACGUGCUCAUAGCACUUAAGGUAAAACCUAAAGGGGCUAGCGUGAGAGCUAGCAAGUCAAAGAGCCUAGCGUGGAAGCUAGCAGUUACAGAGCAAGAAACAAAAGUCGUCAACUGUUGCAAAAAGCAAAUUAGGAAGCCAGACCGAGUGAGGCCAGGGCAUAGACUAAAUACCCCUCUGAUUAGUGCCCGGGAAACAGGUGCGCGUCCCGAACACUAACCAGAGGCAGGUGACUGUAAUCUGCCGUCAUGGCAACUGAGACACACAAACUCAAAAGGUGCUGAGAACACAAGUGAACCGAAAACGUAAACAGAAUAUGAUCCGGGGAGCGGAUCAUAAUAGAAACCUCUUAUCUCAUAUUCCUUAUGAAAAAUUUUUGACUAAAUAUAACAUAUUUCUUAUCCCAAAUAAAGUUAAAAUUGUGUCACAAAUGUUACCUUGUAAAUCUCUUCUAUCUAAAUUCAUUCAGGCUGUUUCUUCAGAAUGCUCUUUUUGGUCACAUUGAAAAAGAGUCAAUUAACCAUGAAUGUCCAUUCUUACAAUUAUUCUGGACUGAACUUUCUGUUGUACUAUUUAGUAUUUGAGUUCAAAGAAAGAGUUAUGUUCUUUCAAGGUAAAUGUCAUAAAAACUUGAGUAUGCUGUCAAACUGUUGUGUCUACCAGGAGUAUUAAUAUUCAUAAAUCUAGAAUAAUGUCAUGCAAACCAAAUAGUUUUUCAUUGUAUUAUCCAUCCAUCCAUCCGGUUGUUCGAUAAGAAAAGAACAGAGUCCUCGGACUCGAAUCCCUUUUUGAGAACCGGUACUCGUUAUCGAAACCACUAUAGUAAAGUGUGGAGAGGGGUGUGGUUCACGCGUUCCCUGCGGGCGGGGUGUGUGCAGCAGACAGGUGAGUGGAUAGCUCAGCUGGAACGAGUUAUCUAAUCACCUGUUCCUUUACUAGCAGCGUCGGAGACCAUGAGAGGGGGAGAUGGCUGGAGAGCGAGAGGAAGGAGAAACACAUAAAGACUGCUGAAAAGCAAUAACAGACUUGGAUAAAAGAAAAACCUAAAAACUACUGAAAAGCAAUACCAGACUUUGAAAAAGGAAAAAUAAAGACGAUUGAAAACGCUGCAUCUGAGGUUUGUGCCGGUUCCUGUGGUCUAGAAGAACCUAAACAUAGGUACAUCUUUACAGUGGCGCCCAACAGAAAAGCGGACCAAGAAGAGGAUGUCAGCACCAACCCCUUUGGAGGCGCUGGGCCAAGUUCUGGGCGAGGUGUGAGCGGCGAGCAGACAGCAGACCCAAGUGCUGCAAGUGCUAAUUAACAGAGCAGAGGCAGCGGGAGGGAUGUCCUCCAUGAAGCGCAUGGUGGAAUGGGAGGACCCCCAGACAUUCCUGGACGUCUUCGAGGCCACGGCGACGUCAUGCAAGUGGCCGGAGGAGGAAUGGGGUGCGAAGCUGCUGCCGCUCCUGGUGGGGGAGGCGCAGCGGGCGGGGCUGAGUCUCCCGGCGACCGCCCGCAUGCAGUACCCCGAUCUACGCCACGCCAUCCUGGACCGGGUCGGCAGCAGCCCCGAAGACCAUCGCCGAAAGUUCCGGGCCAUUAAGUUGGGGCCAGAGGACCAGCCCUUCGUGUUGGCAUACCGGAUGAGGGACGCGGCAACCCGGUGGCUCGAGCCCAAUGGGCUGGACUCAAAGAUGUUGGAGUCCAUCAUCCUAGAACAAUUUAUUGAUGCCCUCCCGGCCAAGACCUCAGCAUGGGUGCAGUACCACAGUUCCCCAGACGUAAAAACAGCAGUGAAAAUGGCGGAGGAGCACCUGGCGGUCCAGCGGGAGGCGACCGCAAAGACAGCCGAAAGGCCCACCCCAGCACCCCGCCCCGCUAUGGGGGGGGUGGAGGGGACGUCUCGGGAGCAGCGACCACGCACGGCCGAGCCACCCGGAGCCAACGAGCAGGGUACCGGCGCUGCGGAGAGGGGGCUUCCCUCGCAGAUGGCGCCUCAAACACCAGGGCCGGUGUGUUGGGGGUGCGGACAACCCGGACACGUGCGCCGGGAGUGCUCCAUGAUGGAGGUGGGGCAGGUGAUGCGGGUUGUCGGGCCUCCAGCACCCGAUCUGGGGGAAACGUACUGUGUCCCGGUAAGGGUACAAGGGGGUACAUACCAGGCAGUCCUCAGUGGUUCAUCCGGUACUGCCGAGCGGGAACCGGUGGGGGCUUCGCGGGAGGCCCCCCCAGCCCCCCGGUGGCAACCUACGGAGGAUUUUCCCCUCGAGCAGUCCCGUGAUGAAACCUUGCGCGUGGCCUGGGACCAGGUGGAUUACAUUGACGGUCAGCUGGUGCGCCCGGGGAAAGCGCGGGUAUUCCCCCAUUUUACAAUUAUUCGGGAUAGAUUAUACCGAGUGGGCCGUGACACUCAAACCGGGGAGGAACACACCCAGUUGUUGGUGCCAAAACGCCGCCUGGAAAUGGUUUUCCAGGCGGCGCAUUUUAAUCCCAUGUCUGGCCACAUGAGGUAUGAUAAGACACUUAAUCGGGUCAUGGUCCAUUUCUAUUGGCCAGGCCUCCGGGCAGACGUCCGCCGUUGGUGCCAGCUGGUAAACCCAGCUGGUAAACCCAGCGGCCACCCCAAAGGCGCCUUUGCGCCCAAUACCGCUAAUGGAUGUCCCGUUCGAGAGAAUUGGGAUGGACCUCAUCGGACCAUUUCACCCAAGCACACGGGGAUAUCGCUUUGAGUUAGUCCUGGUGUAUUACGCAACGCGCUAUCCCGAAGCAGUGCCCCUGCGCUCCAUCUCUGCCAAGAAUGUUGCGCAAGGGCUGUUUCAGGUUAUCUCCCGAGUUGGAAUCCCGAAAGAAAUUCUGACUGACCAAGACACGUUCUUUAUGUCGGCCCACUCUCUUUGAUGUAUCUUGCAGACGGAUAAGUCUGCCUCCUCUUUUUCCGCCCUUCUGCACAACUAGAGUAUGUGCAUUGUUUACCUAGUCAGUCACCAGAGUGAAACCUCUGCCCUCAGGAUGCUCCAAGAUUGUUAACAGUAUCCUCCAAUGUGUCUGAUCUAUCUUAAUUUGACAGCAGCUGACCAUUCUGAGAUCCAUGGAUGAACCGUUCAAUCCCUCAGACAUGCAUAUUAAUUUUCUGUGGAAAUUAAAAACACAACAUAUGCGAACAGUGAAUGAAUAAGCAGACUAAAUAAAAAUGGUUCUAGAGGAAGCAUUGUUCUAAAUACUCACUCAGUGUGGUCUUAGAAGGCCUAAACAGUGCAGGAGGUCAAGUCUAAACUAUCAAAGUUGCCAGAAAACAGUAAUUUCCCAGUAAGGCAAGGGAUGUGCCCAUCGAUCAGCCGCCGAUUAGUAUCGGACAGUUUUCAUUUUAAAAAAAGUAUGUAAACGGCCAUUAUGUCUUUUAAUGCCGAUCACAAACACAGAUCUUGUCUGACUGACACUGGUCCCCUAGCUGACUAGCGGCGAGCAUCUAAUCAUGUGACUACUUACACAGUGUGAAGCAACGCCCCUAAACUAAUAAUAAUCCCGUUUAUUACGGCAUACAAAUUGUAUUUUCUAGUUUCUUAAGUAUCAUGAUCAAGUAGCAUUAUCACUGCAGGACGAGGCUAAACAUGUUAUAAACCGAGAGCAAGGAGGAGCAGGCAUGCUAAUUGCUAAGCCAACUGGGCUGAUGAAAUAAUAUAAAUAUAUAUCUUGACAGACACGUAAUCGUUUUUACUAAAAAAUGCUUUUUGAUUUUUUAUUGGGGGAGGGGGGGGUCGGAAGAAACAGAAGAGAAUAAAGCACGGUUGUUUGCAUUAACAAAGGAACUAGUUGUCUGGUAAUCUAGCAUGGUAAAUGAAUUAUACUUGUAUAGCUCUUUUCUAUCUUCAAGGCACAUUGAUGGCGGAAGCUGCCGAGGAAUGCACUAACCACGACCCAUCAGGAGCAAGAGUAAAAUGCCUUGCCCAAGGACACAACGCAAGUGACUAGGAUGGUGGAAGCUGGGAUCGAACCAGGAACCCAAAGUUGCUGGCACGGCCGCACUCCCACCUAAACCACGCCGUCCCCAAAACCAGAUUUAAAUUUUUCAUAUAGACUGUUAGUUUUGAGAUGUUUGUGGAGUUGAGAGGAGAUUACUUUUUCGAGAGUUUUGGAGGUUGGGGAUAGGUCUGUAAUUUGAAAGGGGUUUGGGAUCAGGGUUUGUUUUUUUCAGAAGGGGUUUGAUAAGAGCUGUUUUAAGAGCAGUGGGGACUGUGCCAGUUUUGAGGGAGUGAUUGAUUACUUUAGUUAUGAGGGGGUUAAUGAAUUGGUUGUGACUUUUGAGCAGAAGAGAGGGAAUGGGAUCUAGGGUGCAAGGGGAAGGUUUUGAAGUACGGAUAAUCUUCUCGACCUACUGCUGCGUUACGGGUGGGAAGUGUGUAAGAUACUGUGUAACGGGUGUUGUCAGGAUGUCAAGGAUGAAGCUGUGCAGAGGUGUGAGAGACGAGUCGAUCAUGUCAAUCUUGGAUGUAAAAUAGUCAAGGAAAAGGUUGCAGUUUAUUGUUGUAGAUUUGUGAUAUCAGGGUAAUUGUGGUUUAAGUAGAUGGUUUGCAGUGAAAAAUAGUUUUUUAGAAUUGCCUGGGUUAUUGUUGAUAAUGGUUGAAUAGAAGAGGAACCUGGUUGUUGAAAGCCCUUUUGUAUAUGAAUGUUGAUGUUCCUGGAAGGCCAACUUAUGCACCGUCAACCUAGAUGUUUUGCUGGCACAUUCCAGGGCAAGGCCUGACCUUUUCAUGAACCUAAGCUGGUCCGUGUAUCAGGGAGCCGAGCUGGUGAAAGUGACAGUCCAGGUUUUUUGUGGUGCAUGAAUGUCCAGAAUGGAGCCAAGGUUGUUGUUGUAUAAGUCCAUUAGGUCGCUGACUGAUGAUAGUGGAGGGGGAAAAAAAGCUGAAGGUGGUGGGUGAGCAAGGUACGGUCAAUGUUUUUGAUGUUCCUAAAUGUAAUCUGUCGUUUUGGCUUGGUGAGAUGGGAGGAUAUGGGGACUUUUAUUGCUACUGCCCGGUGGUCAGAGACACCGAGGUUUGUGGAUAAGGAGAUCUGUGAGAGGGAUGGAGUCUGUGAUGAUUAAGUCCAGUGUGUGGCCUAUAUUGUCUGUCGGACCCACAACAAGCUGCUAAACGUUGAGGCAGUCCAGGACAUGUUUAAAAUCAGAAGAUCCCCUCAACACGCCUAGAAAUUCUGUUCAAAAAAGUUAUGAACAGAACCACUGACAAAGGGCAGCCCUGGCGGAGUCCAAACUUCACUGGAAACGAGUCGGACUUACUGCCGGCAAUGAGGACCAAGCUCUGACACCGAUCAGACAGGGAAAGGACCGCCACAAUCAGGCAGUCAGAUACCCAUACCACAUCCAGUUCCACAACCAGGACAAAAACCACACUGCUCCACCUAAAUCCGAGUUUUGACUAUCCGGCAUAGCCUCCUCUCCAGUUAAGGCUGAAACGACGCGUCGACGUAGUCGACGUCAUCGGUUACGUAAAUACGUCGACGCCGUUUUUGUGCGUCGACGCGUCGCAUAUUUACGUCACACUACCGUCAUGGCGGACCGCAAAGCAGACGAUCAAAGCAGACGAUGCGAGCGGUGCGAGCGAGGGGGGAAAAGCAUGCCAAAAGUGGUCAAAAGUGUGGGAGUAUUUCAAUAAACGGCCUAAUAAUGUUGUUGUAUGCACACUGUGUCGAGCGGAAAUGGCCUAUCAUAGCAGCACAACGGCUAUGAACGAACAUUUGAAAAGAAAACCAUCAACUAGUCAAUCGUCCGCGCGAGCAUACGUUGUCAUCAUUACACAAAAACAUGAAUGUGUCAUUUGUAUCUGCUAGGGGUGUAACGGUACGUGUUUUGUAUUGAACCGUUUCGGUACGGGGCUUUCGGUUCGGCACGGGGGUGUACCGAACGAGUUUCUAAGCUAAAGCUAACUUUAGCUGCUAAAGUCUUAACAAGCUGCUUCGCUCCUCUGCGUCUGUCUCAACACGCAGCAUUGUCCCACCCACACAACCAUCUGAUUGGUACACACGCAGCAUUGUCCCACCCACACAACCAUCUGAUUGGUACACACGAAGCAUUAUCAGCCAAUCAGCAGUGUGUAUUCAGAGCGCAUGUAGUCAGCGCUUCAGCGUGGAGCAGAUAGGUGUUUAGCAGGUGAGCAUCAGGCAGCGGACUCUCCCCAAAUGAUAAUAAACACCUCCCAGUCAACUACUAGUAACAUCACUAUGAGCCCGUUGACCUUCUAGAAAUAUAAACUGCAGCUCAGCUCACUCGCAGUCCUGGCUUGAGGUGAAGGCUAAUUACCUCUCGUUCCAGCCACAUCGACCCCUUCUGAGCGCCUAUUUUCAGCUGCUGGGAAUAUUGUAAACAAGAAAAGAACCAAACAUGUACACAUGCUAACCUUUCUUCAUUACAACUGUUAGACACUCACUGGAAUGAGUAGAAUUGGUUAUUGUGUACUGUGUUGGACUGGAUGUUUAUUUUGCACAUUUUAAAAGCAAUACUUAAUGUUUACAGUGCUCCAGAAUAUUUACAUUGGCACUUUUUUGUAUUGGAUGUUUAUCUUUAUUUUUGCACAUUUUAGCAAAUAAGCAAUACUUUCACUUUUGUUGAAAUGUUUACACUGUUGUUACAGAAUAUUUCGUUUUGCACUUUUUUGUAUUGGAUGUUUAUCUUUAUUUUUGCACAUUUUAAAGCAAAAUAAGCAAUACUUUUACUUUUGAAAUGCUUAUACUAUUGCAGAAUAUUAAGAUUUGCACUGGAUGUUGACUUUUAUAUUUGCACAUUAAAAAGCAAAUAAGCUACUUUUAAUUUUGUUAAAUGUUAAAAGUUUUAAAUGUUUACAUUGUUACAGAAUAUUUAGUCAUGUUGUUGUCAAUGUUGACUGAGUGGCCAUACUUCUUUUUUUUGUAAAUAAAAGC